AUGCUUUCCAAAUCUACUUCUGAACCUGGGCUUUGCUAUGGAAGUUGUUGUGUUAGAGCAAUUGGGGAUUUUUCUUGCCUCUUUAGCUUUAUAUUUGGAAUGUGUACUUUUGCUGUGAGCUUAAUGGCUAUAUAUACACAUAGUGAAUUCAUACAAACAUUUGGGAUCAACCUCUAUUAUGGAAUGUACAUUGUUCUUUUUGCCAGUCUAUGCAUUGUUUGGAUUGCAUUCAUAGGAAUGUGUGGAAUGACUGCGAAAAACCAUUUCUUCGUCUUCAUUCUUGUUCUUGGGUCCAUUCUUUUAAUUAUUGUUCUUACAGCUGGACUUCUACUUGUCAUAGCUUUUCCUUUCAAUUCCUCAUCGGCUGUAAGAGAAGUAAUGUUGAAGAAUUUGAAGGAGAAUUACGGAACCUCUGCUUUAAUAACAACUGCUUGGGAUCACCUUCAAAGUUACCUGCUCUGCUGUGCCGUUGACGACAAUGGAUGGAUUGUAUGGCAAAAUUCCAGCUGGUUUCAAGACGGAAAUUCCAUGCUCCUCGAUGAUCUUCAAUUGAUUCCAGCAACCAAUCCGGCGUUUCAAUAUGUUCCCAAGACAUGCUGCUAUCGAAAGCUGGAUUAUUUAACUCGUCAGCUCACAGAUGAAUAUGAAAAUCUACCAAGAUGUCAAAAUUGGCAAUAUGGACCGCCGAAAUUCCCCAGUGGGGCACACAACGACGCCUUAUACUACCGAGGAUGUCUUAGCACAAUCAAGGCGUAUAUCUUAAGGUUCCGCUUUUGGAUAUCGAUAUUUGGCUUCGCUUGCCUCUUUUUCUUGAUUACUUCUACAAUAAUCGGAUGUAUUACACACUGCAAGAUUAAGUGA